AUGACGACUAACUAUUUAGUGCCAAACACUAAACCGAUUAAUGGAAAUGUGUUUCAUUCAUUCGAAAAGAUAAAUGAAAUAUUCGCAAAGAAUGACGGUAGAAGAUAUUAUAGAGAACUUGAAAGUUCAUGCUAUGACUCUGAUGCUCCAUAUUUUGAUGAUAAACAAACUCAUUUAAGAAUUACAAAUCCGGCUCAUGAUGUGAACCAAUUAGGUGACACAUAUAUUAAACGCAAAGUUAAAGCAACUCUAGUUUCAAAUAAAGCUUUCACAUGUGAUGCCGCUUUUAAAUGCAUGCGUUUAUUCGUUGGUUACAAAUCAUCAAAUCAAAGCUUUAAACAAUUAGAAGUAAAAACCGAAAGAGGUGAUGCCGGUUAUCUUCAGAUGGAUUGCGCCCGUGAAUCUUUCGCAUUUGCAACAUAUAAACCAAAAUCAGAAAGGAAAGUUAAAAAGUUUGUUCAUUCGUUAUAUAAUAAUGUUCAAAAAUAUGAUAACUCAGUAUGUGGUAAAUAUAUUGACCCUUCAGAAGUUUUCAAGAAAGCAAAUGAAGAAGUUGAU